AUGGCCAUAGAUUCAGGGGUCCCGUCCUUCAUCGAGCGGUGUCGUCCGUCUCUGUUUGUCUUAGUUUCGCAAGUGGUCGCUGCUACGCUGAAUACCGUGGCAAAGUUCAGUGAGACAAGACCCGAGGCAGUCCAUCCGUUCAUGAUCCUACACAUACGGAUGCUGAUCACGGGACUCGGAUGUACACUGUAUCUUUGGCAUAUCGGAUCCUCAAAGUUAGAGGUCUUGAUCGGAAUACCAGAUGUGCGAGGUCUUAUCUUAUUGCGGGCCUUUGGUGGAGUUUGUGGUGCUACGGGAUUCUUUUUCUCCAUGAUAUACUUGAGUCUCAGUGAAGCCACAGCUUUGAAUUUUCUGGGCCCUCUAGGAUCGUUGAUCCUAACGAGGUGCCUGUCCUUCGCCACGGUCCAUUGGACUGACUGCAUCGGCGCUGUAGGCGCGCUUGUAGGCGUUGUGCUCGUAGCCCAGCCUGAAGACAUAUUUGGCAUGACAGAGACCGGUUCUGAUGUCUCUGGAAAGGUGCACGGCCACUUGAAAGGCUUGGCUUUUGGUGUCUUUGGAGUCUGCGGAGGUGUAGUAAGUGAUGAUAGCUUUCAUUGCGAUAGAUUUGGAAUUCUUGACUGCUGA